UGACAAGACACCUCAUGUUGCGAGGCGCGUUUGGUGGCGGACGAUGGCGUGGCGUACGGGCAACUGGGCGCAUGUUACAAACACAGUUCCGAGAAGGUCUGUUCCACGAUUGUACAACUGUACACUUACCAUUCAACACAUCCAUCCCCCAUCAUCCUCAUCCACCAUGCCGGCUCCUUCACCACCCUCCGGCCCACCUUUUGCUCCACCUCGAUCUGGCAAAGCGCCUCACCCCCUCACCCCUGCCCAGCUGCUGGAAAUGAUGGCAGAUGCCAAACUCAAGGUCGCCAAAGAACCCAAGGCAGGAACCAAUCGCCAACGCGCCCUCAUCGAAAAGCUCUUCAACGAGUGGAUCGAGGACGACUGCGAGGGUGCAAUCACGAUUGACGGCAAGACCAUCCGGAACGUCCACGAUGUGCAGACUCUGAAGCCAUCCUGGCUAUCCGAAGCGCAAAUGCGGUCCUUCCUCGAGGCCUAUGUUCAAGGAGCAACGGGACGCAGUCGAGGUGCCGACCGGGUUGCGCAGAGGACCCUACUCGACAAGGCCAAGCAGCUGAGUGGUAUGUGGAAACGGCUAACAGGGAAUGCCAUUUCCGGAGACGAUCGAGAGAAGAUGUUCGACUUUUGCGCCCAUCUCACCAAGUCGCACAGCCUCCCCGCCGCUACUACAGAGUCUGCCCAGCUGGAUACAGAGGGUGUGAUUGCUCUGCAGGACUACUGGUGGUCGCCUGCCAACAGCCUUCCCCUUCAGUAUCGACUCAGCCUUUCACUUUUUUGCGCCCUCGCCUGUCAAACCGGCGCUCGUCCCCGAUCCGCCGUCACGCCUUCGGGUACAUUGCCGACGAGGGCUCAGCGUUCGGCCAACAGUCACCUCCAGCCAAACAGUGCCAACGAUAGGUCCACAUUCUCCGAAGAUCAGUAUACUGGAGCGGUGUGUGGAGACUUCACCGUCGUUAUCAUCGCGGAUGAAGACGCUACCAAGCCCAACAUGGUGGCUGGCUAUUAUACCACCAGCAACACUAGCAGUGGCGAAGGCAAAGGCGUUCCUCUUCCUCUUCCUCAGCCCAAGAAGCUUCUCGCCAGCGCCAUGGUCCUCUUACUUCUCAAGCUCAUCCACGAAGGAAGUAUUUCUUCGGCAUUCCUGCAAGCAAUUCUCGAACCCGCGUUCCUGGAAGGAAACUCCUCACGGACACUUGCAUGGACCACGGAGCUUGCGGAAAAGCCCAUCUUCUGCCUCCUCAAUGGUAAUCCUAUGACUACGCUUUGGAUGACCGAACACAUCAAGAAAGCAUCCAUCCACCUGGGCUUCCAGGUCCCCGCGACGGCGAAUUCAUUCCGGUCCCUCGUCAUCCAAAAGUUGGUAGAAUCCAAUGUGUCGGAUGAGCUCAUUCAUUACCUCGUCUCAACCCAACACAGAUCCAAAUCGACGCGCUGGUACAUCGGCAAGGCUUUCGUUGGCAGCGCUGUCUCAGCUUUUGGUAACACAGACAUCAACUCCAGUCACUACCUCUCUCGCGUUCGUCCCCUUAAUGCUAUUCCAACCGAUGCUCCCAACUCGCUUUCCGACAACGAGCUUAGUGAAGUCAUGGCAUCUGGGCCAGUCUCAGCUGCGAAGCAGCACCUUGAGGAUACCCGGCAGCGCGUCAAAGAUGGCGACGAGAGCCGAGCUCAGCUGGAGCGAGCCGCAGGCGCCCUGAAGCGCAAGAUUGCCACAGAGAAAGAGCAAGCCGUAUCACGGAAGCGAGCUGCUUGGUUCGCUGAUAGCACACGUUCCGAGGGUUCGAGGUCGGUUAGACGAGACAAGACGCGGGAGCUCAACAACCCGUAUGAAGCUAUGCGGAAAGCUCUAACGGUCAAUCUUCUUCAAGACAGGAACUCCCUGCGUGACGUUUGCAAGAUGCUAGCACACAAGAACGGCGACUAAACAACGAUGAUGUUAACUCAGGCCGCCGUUCGAGGUAUUAGCCCGCCUUGAGUUACACGCUCCGCUGACUGAACCAAGGAAUGGAUUUGCGAACGACAAGCAUGUAAAGCGUUCAAAUACCCUGAAAGAGGCCUUCCCGAGAGGGAAUACGCUUUCGACGAUGGAUUCACUGUGCAAAGCUCUUGUAUAAAGGCAGGUAACUUGAGCUGUAGCAAC